ACUCAGGAAGAAGAAGAAGAAGAAGAGACAAAAAUGCCCGACUAUGUGUUCCAGUACUUGCACUAUUAACGAUCUUCUUCCGGAUACCAUCUGCUUGAUUUUCUCAUACCUUCGUGUGCGGGAUCGGGGCCGUGUUGCACAGACAUGUCGCCAGUGGAAGGAAAUCAUGGACAGACCCUGUCUCUGGCUAGACGUCGAAGCUCAAAUUCACUUACCCGUGAACGACAUUGCUGUCUACAGCGUUCUCAACCGCCGUGGUAUCACAAAAAUUCGUGUACUGGACAUUAAGGGUAAUCUGCGGGAGAUCACACAAAACCUGCCAAAUAUCUCAUCACUCAAUUUUUCCGGUUGCUCCACUCUCACGGACACUGACAUUAAAAACACCUUCGAUGCUCCCUACCCUGCACUGACGUCACUCAACUUUAACCAAUGUGCGGAAAUUACGUACGCGACUGUACUUUGCGUAUCGACGUUCCUGGUGAACCUGACGCACCUGUCUCUUCUCGACUGCGAGAACCUCACAGACACAGCGAUAGUAACAAUCUCCUCCAAUCUAACCGAGCUGACAUCCUUGGAACUGGGUCAGUGCUGGGUAACCGAUAUUGGAGUGAAACAUUUGGCUGGACUGGCAACCACAGGCAGCGCAAUCUCUGGCACUCCUCAACUGCUGCGACUUCAUCUAAAAUACUGUCAUCUCAUAACCGAUACCGGUAUGGAGUUUAUCAGCACCGGCCUCAGCUGUCUCUGUGAACUCGAUCUUAGUCAUUCCCCUCACGUCACUGAUGUAGGGCUGAGACACCUAUCUGGGAUGCCGUCCUUGCAGACGCUCGUCUUAAACGGCUGCGAAUGUAUAAGUGCGCUCGGUAUCUCCUACUUGUCUGCCGGAAACUGCUCACUGAAGAAGCUAGGCGUGAGCAACUGCAGUCAGAUAUCGGACGAAGCAUUUGAGGGCGCGAUCCAGGGUCCAGGAUUGGUACGAUUGUCUAGCCUGUUUGUUGACGGGUGCUCAAUCACAGAUGCCUCGUUAAACGUCAUAGGAAGGACGUUCAGAAACCUGACCCACCUGAACAUGUCUUACUGCAAGUCAAUCACGGAAGCAGGAAUUAACGCAUUAUCUGCGGUUGUUUCUAAUAUGCAACACAUCAACAUGCAACAUUGUACGCAAAUUAAUGACCCGUGCAUGGCAGCCUUAGCGAAAAUGCCCACAUUGAAGACUAUCAAUUUAAAAUGCACGAAAGUGGGUAACCGCGGCAUGGCUCUCUACGAUUCUACAGCAAGCGAGUCUGCUGUUGAAGAGUUGGACAUCAGCUACACAAAUACCCGAGACCAUGGAUUAAGACGUCUGUCAGAGGCAAUGCCGAGGCUGCAGAUUCUGAACAUAUCGGGCUGUCGCAUCACGGUUAGAGGCAUGAAAAGUGUCACUAUGAAUUUAACGUUCCUUCGCACUCUGAAGAUCUCGCGCUGUAUAGAAAUCAGGGAUGCUUCUGUGAAGAUGGUAGCUAUGCACUUGAAGCGUCUUCAACAGAUCGACAUCAACGGCUGCGGUCGUAUCACUGCUGCAGGAAGACUGGCUCUCAUUCGUCAGUUGCCAGACUUGGAAUUCCUCUGAGGGAGGAAAGGCGAUUGGAGGCCGAAGUUGAAAUAGUCAUACAUCAUGUGACAACCCAGUAGACCUCCGAUCAAUACUUUACAUAAAUAUUCUAAAAUUGCGUUGCUGUCCUGGA